AUGUCGUCAAUGGGUGGCAUGGCCAUGGGGUCCAUGUCCAUGGGAAAUGGCGUGCCUAGCAUGUUUGCCCUGCAGCAAAUAUACUGGGUAGUGGUUGGCAGUGCUAUUGGUAUUGCAACAUUCGUGAAUGGUCUUAACCGCCUGCUCGCGCGAUACAGGCUUCAGGACCCAUCCUCCACACCUGCUCAGCCGAAGUCGUUGUUCCUCAGAGUGUAUGCCACACUAACCGCGAUAUCUCGCGAAAUUAGCUAUGCCAAAUUUCCGCCGAUUUCACUGGGGCCAUUGGUUAUCCACUUCGCGCCGCUAGGGUGGAUAUUGAUCAUUCUCGCCAACCUGGUGACUGUUCUAGUCCUCUGCUUCUACGGAAUCGAUACUUCGGAUGUCUGGCAGUGGGAAAGUGUUGGCUACCGAACAGGUUUUAUCGCUAUAUGCCAGCUCCCGCUUAUAUUCCUCUUGGCCGGACGUCGGAAUAUCAUCGGCUACCUGGUAGACAUGAGCUAUGUCCGCUUAAACUGGUUCCAUCGCUGGACUGCUCGCACACUGUGGCUGACCUCGACAAUUCACAUGGGCUUUUGGUUUCAUGACUGGGGACGCUACGACUACAUCGCUUACCAAUUAACACAUGACCCAUUGACGAAACGGGGAUUUGCGGCCUGGUGCAUCCUCACCUUUAUCGUUAUCUCUUCGUCUGCUCCGGUAAGAAAGUUGAGCUAUGAGGUCUUUGUUCUCCAGCAUCUGAUCACUUUCGUCGGUCUCACUGUUGCGAUAUGGAUGCAUGCACCCGAGGAAGUCAAAAUAUGGGUCUGGAUCCCCAUCGGACUCCUUGUCUUCGACCGGGUGGUACGUUAUGCCUGGGGGGCGUAUGUCAAUAUCGGCAUCUUUCAUUGCAGCACGUCUAGAUGUUCUCUCUUCGCCCAUCACGCGACUUUUACCCCGUUUCCUGGCAACGUGACACGGGUCAUUAUCCAUAACCCGGAGACCCACUGGAAGCCUGGUCAACAUAUAUUUUUAACAUGUCACCGCAUUGCUCUGUUUCAGAGUCAUCCUUUUACAAUUGCAUCUCUCCCGGAGGAUGGGAGGAUGGAAUUCUUUAUCCGCGCACAAGGCGGAGGAACGAGAGGCUUUGCAGAUUUUGCAGAGAAAAGGAGAUCGUUGGAGGGGGAAGUCCGAUGUGGCCCUAUGUUUAUAGACGGCCCCUAUGGUACCCAUAGGCCGCUGCGACAAUUUGACAGCGUAGUCCUCUUUGGGGGCGGCAUGGGUGCAACCUUUGUGAUACCAUUACUCCGAGACAUUGUUUCAGCAUGGAAAAGCGAGCAGGACAACCAGUUUCCCAGACGAAAAAAUCCCUCAUCGGUUACGAGGCACAUUCGAUUCAUUUGGGCCGUGAGGUCUCGCGCGGAGAUGAACAUGUUCGAGUCUCAGAUUCACACCGUUCUGGCUGAUGUCAAUGAAUGUCGACGUUUGAGUCCCGAAUUUAAAAAGGAGAUCGAGAUCAGCAUCUACAUUACCUGCGACAAGAAUUGCCAUCUUGUUCCACUACCACACAGUCGCUCUAGCCAUGAGAACACUCAAUCGAGCAUAGAAUUGUUCGACUUGCCGACAAAUUCCCGGAAUAAUUCGGUGAAUACUACGUCAACGGACAGAGAGGCGGAAAUGAACUGUCAGGAUAAAUAUCAGAAACACACAACUCCAAUCCGGGAAAAAGUAUGUCCAGACACUGGCAACUGCCAUAUUUCGGCACUCUCACGGGACCAGACUAGCUCGGACUCGAAUCAUUCCGCGGAAGAAUCAACACAACUCCUCCCAUCAUAUACAAACACAAGCCCCACCAUUCUAUCGGGUCGUCCUUCACCGCACGCGAUCAUUCGGAAAUCACUCGAGAGGGCCCAUGGUGAAAGUGCUGUGGUUGUCUGUGGACCUCGUGGUUUGGCUGAUGAUGUUCGGCUGAGUGUUGUUUCUCUAAGUGAUGAACGUGCGGUGCAUAAGGGUACAGAGGCGCAAGGAAUUUAUUUGCAUGUAGAGAGCUUCGGGGUCUGA